UUGCAAACUGACUGUUAUUCUCAGAUCCUCACGCAAAUCGAUAUUAGUCAAGAACUGGAGAAGACUGCACCACGCGACGCAGUCAUCGAGACAGAUUCCGAAAAGUCGGUGAUAGCCGAUGAACCGCUGAAACGAAAAGGUUGCAGUAUCUGCGGAUGGACCACUUACGCAGGGACUCCUUCAUACUACCACGAAACGCAAGCAGAUACUGAGAGACCAUAUUUUCGAAAAAUGAAGCAGAACUCCUUUGUCGCAUACGUGGAGAUGACUAACGAGAUUGAAAAAGAUUCUAGAAAAAGGCUGGGUGGUCUCUGGACCAGUAACCUCCGAUUACUAAUAUUCCUUCGCUUCCAACCACUAGGUCUCGUCCGCGAAUAUUUCGGCGAACAAAUCGCAUUCUAUUUCGCCUGGCAAGGGACAUUUCUCACGAUGCUCUGGCCAGCCACAUUUCUUGGUCUAGCUGUUUUCGCCUAUGGCAUGGCCAAGAGUAUUCGCACCAAUCCGGCCACCUAUGGGAACUGCACGUUGAUCAAUUAUUACGGUGAAACUGAGAUCGUGGCUUGUAGCAUCAGAAGCAAGCUCUCACAACUCUUCACCACCGUGUCAUCUUGGUUUAUGAACUCAUUCGACAACGAAUUAAAUGCCUUCUUUGCCGCCUUCAUGUCCAUUUGGGGUAUGUUAGUUUGGACAUACUUGAUGCUGGAAUGGGGUACAAUGUUCUACCAGAUUUGGAGACGAAACAACACAGUUCUGGCUUACGAAUGGGACUGCGAGGACUUCAACCUAGUCGAGCCAGACCGACCUGAAUACCAGGGAACCUCUAUGAGAACGGAUCCAGUCACAGGGCAACCGGAGUACUUCAGUCCUGUCACUAUACGAAUUUUCAAAUACACUGUGUCAUGCAUCGUUGUCGUACUGAGCAUGUGCUUGGUAAUCUUCAGCGUAUUUCUCGUCACGGUGUAUAAGCUAUGGGCAGUAGCCAGUCAUGAGUGUGGGACGGAGUACACCUUCGGAUGCUCAGUGGUUGCAGCAUAUAUACCUGCGGUGAUGAACACAGUGUCCACAAUGAUUCUUGGCAGUAUCUAUGAAGGGCUGGUGGUGAAACUGACGCAAUGGGGUAAGUUCAACCUCAAUCGUUUGAUAAAGUAUGUCGUCCACGCCGUAAAGCUAAGAAAAUGGUAUAAAGGGCGACGUCAAACCAUGGAAGACGUGCUAAAAGAGGGCGAUGAGACGAAUGUACUGGUCAGAGAAUGGAUCAAGCCGCCAGCUAAUAAUUUCUCCCAAGGAGAAUUCAACGAGAAAAGUUAUUCUAUUCGGAACUACUAUGCUCCCCUACUCGCUUUGAUAAUUGGUGUCAUUGAUCUUCGGAUAGACGCCCUAAGACUACUGUGGCUCAACCGACGACCGAUACCAGCGAUGGCAUCCGGCAUCGGCAUAUGGCUACCGAUUCUUUACUUUCUACAGUAUGCUGCCGUAAUGACAAACGCUUUUAUAAUCGCGUUCACUUCGGAUUUCUGCUCGAAUUUCUUCAGUGAUGUUCUCCGUUGCGAUGUGAAGAAUCGUUUCCUCAUCGUCAUAGUUUUCAGAUCGGUGUUCGCAAAGGCAUCAUACCAGCUGUCCCGGCAUCAAUUCGAGUCGCUCAACGAAGGACGACGAGCACGAAAUGCAAAACUCGCUUGGGUCAUGUCACUAGCGAAAGGGCAUGGAGAGCUGCGAAACAUUAUUCCUAGAGAAGCUCUCUACGCUUCCUAA